AUGAUUAGGACACAGCAACAACAUACCUCAGCAUUGCCCCAUGUGCCAGCGAUGGGAAGCUGGGAGAAGGUGGACGAGGAGAAGACGCGCCAGCUCAUGGAGCAGGGCUGGUUUGUCGUGGAGGAUUUCUUGAAGGACGACGUGGCCAAGACCUUGCGUGAGGAGGCUUUGCGAGCUUCUACGGCAGGAAAGCUUCUCCCACACCGCUUUCAAUUCAGCACGGGCACUUUUACCAAGCCUCACAUUUAUGAAGCUGAUCUACACGACGAGUCGCUUCAGGAGGAGUUGCCAGCCUUUGCGGAUCUAUUGUUUGAUGAUUCCUUAAGGAUGCGGCUUGAUGAGCUCCUACCAGAUCUGAAGCUAAAGAGCGGACAUAGAUCGAAAACAGUAAAGCUACAGCACAACGCUGGACAUGGUGGAUGUUUCCCUUGCCACUACGACAAUGCAGGUCCACCAAGCGACCGCAGCAUCACGUGCUUAGUAUACCUCAACCCGCAGUGGGUAGCAGGUGAUGGAGGGGAGUUGGUCCUGAUGCCUUUCCUGAUGCCGCAAGUCGUUAUUGCGCCAGUCAUGAACCGAGCCGUCUUCUUCCGAAGCGAUAGGGUCCUGCAUGCAGUGCGGCCAGCGUCAGCAGAGAGGCUUUGCUUCACAAUUUGGUUCGAUGGUGUUACCAACGACAAUUUGGACUGCAAUUUGACUCUGAAGUUGUUGCGGGCCCAGCUGGAUGCGGCGAGGGUGCUGAGGCAGCUCCCCGUGCAGCGAGCAGUUUCACGUGCCGUGUACGCUCAGGAGUACGAAGACAUGCUGGUUGCAUGCAUGUCUGGUGCAGCUGGUCAGGCAGAAAUGCUGCAUGCACACAGGCAGCAUGUGGCCCAGCAAAUGAAUGACCCGAAGCUUGCAGCGUUCAUUCAAUUCCUCCGAAGCUUGAGGGUCAAUGAAACGAUCAUCUGGGAUCAUCCAGCUUCAGUUGCGCAAGAUGGCGAGUAG